GGGAACAUGGAAGGACUCGGGGCCAAAGCAUUUUCAGUUUGUUGCUGCGUAGUGCUAGAGGUAACUUCGUUCCACGCGCUAGAAUCGUGAAUGCUUCGGCUGUUUAACGGCUGAUGCCAGUCUAAUCUACUGUCACGCGGUGCCCUGUCAUUCACGGAACCUGAGACACGUUCCGCCUUGCGUCCUGCUUCGCCCCCUAGUCAGAACUCAGCGGCCAUGCAGGAGAACGCUUUCACGUGCUGCCACUGUAAAAGGACCUCCAUUUUAACGUCAAAAGCUUCUCACACCGCGGUCCUCGUUAAGUGUCCACACUGCAACAGAAAGUCUAGGACGAAAGACGUCCCUUGCCACUUCUUCUUCGUUGGGAUCACCCUCACUUUGGUCAGCAUUGGUAUUUCAGUGGCCAUCUUGUUACUAACACACUUUGCGUUCGUUAUUGUUUCGGUUGGCUUAUUUUGUGUCGGCCUCCGCUAUUUAAUUGUGGCUAUCAGAAUGAGCUGUGUGCCCAAGAGCGACUUCUACAUCGAAGAGUCUCGUGAUGUCCUAGCUUAAGUGCGCCCGCCCACCCUGAAAACCUUGCAAACUAUUUUAGACCCUACAAAGAAAUGUAGAGCUACAUUUCUUUGUAGGGUCUAAAAUAGUUUUUUUUGGAGUAUUUUCAGCAUAGGGCCUACAUAAGCUUGUGAAGAAAAUACUUCGUAAUUAACGAACUAUUUCUCCGUACAGCAAACUUAAUAGUUUAUGCUCAUAAAAUAUUUUGUUCUCAAAAUACUUAAGCGUUUAAGGUUUUAAGCGUGCUAAUAAAUGCAAUAGUAUGGUCA